ACCCAUGUUAGCACUGUCGUGAAAGGAAGCUUUGGAUAUCUAGAUCUUGAAUACUAUAAGCGAUAACAAUUGACAGAAAAAUCUGAUGUGUAUUCUUUUGGGGUGGUGCUAUUCGAAGUGUUGUGCGCUAGACCAGCAUUAAUUCCUAACAUGCCGAAAGGGCAAGUGAAUUUUUCUGAUUGGGCAUGUAGGAGCUGUAAAAAAGGAAAUCUUCAACAAAUAAUUGAUCCGAAUUUGGAAGGACAAAUUGCGCCAGAGUGCUUAAACAAGUUUGCAGAAGCAGCAUAUAAUUGCUUGAAGGAUCAAGGAGUCCAAAGGCCAUCAAUGAAUGACGUUGUCUGGAAUUUGGAAUUUAUAUUAAAGCUUCAAGAUGCAGCUGAUAAUAGAGGUCAGAAAAUGGAAUUGAACGGUUACCCAACUAGCCCGUAUUUCCCCUUGAUUAUGAAUGAUCAUACCAAUAUAUCUACAGACGAAGGAUUCGAGGCCUUUGCAGGUUCACAUGAAGUUGGAGGAAAAUACACAAGCAGUGCUACAUCCAUGACCAGUAAUAGUGAUGACAAAUUGAAGAGUGACACUAUUUUCUCAGAGAUUUUGAAUCCAUCGGGUCGAUGAGAUUGUUACAACUAGUAUGAUAAAUUA